GAACAACGAAAUCCCAGCAUUAAGAGCGGCUCCCGCUCGUGUCGGAUAUUUAUUAGUGCUCGGUGAUUAUUGGCGCGCCACCUGCCGGUGACACCGACAAACAACCCGUUGAUGACGCGUCCCACCACGCCCUCCACGUCGGCGGUGCCUGAAUGAUGAACUGCUGCUGGCGCGUCUUCUGUGUGGUUUCACAGCUCGUUCACUAACUAACCAAACAUGAAGAGAACCAGAGGCGGCGGAGAUGAGGAAGCUCCCCGGCAGAAUGGCUCUGUCGGCCGAAAGAAAGGAGAUCCGCAGCAAAGUGAGGCGGACGACGGGGGCUCUACCCUCGGUCCAGCUGACCUGCAAGACGACGACAAUGACCCGGGACUCAGGAGAGAAAUACGGAGCAAGUACAGAGACCUCAUCAACUCGGUGCAACAGAAUAGGGAAGAUAUGCUCAGUCCCUCCAACAACAAACUCACAGAAGUUUUAGAAGAGGCAAACAAACUUUUUAAAGAUGUCCGACAGGCGAGGGAAGCAGCUCUAGAUGCUCAGCUCCUCGUUGUGGCCACAGAUCUGGGAAAGGAGAAAGCCAGCCAACUGUUUGCUGAGGGCACGGCUUUCGAUCAUAUAGCUUUUGCUGAGCGCCUUUUGUCCUUCAUGGGUCUCAACCGACUAGAAGAUGGGGAGGACGACCAGCAGAACAGAGGUGGAAUUGACGGCUACCUGCCCAAAGAUGCUUGGCACAGAGUGGCUAGGAGAGCAGAGUCCUGUUUCAUGACGGCACCGGCCUUCCACUACAUGAUGGGUUCGUUCCACGCAGAGCCACCUCCACCAAAGCAAAAGAUAGAACGGCAGAGGAAGGCACCCAGCAAGGAAGCCGCGAGGAUAAUGCCUACUCAGCUGAAGAAAAUGGAAGGCUCCCACCAAGAAGCGACAGAGAAAGAGGUGGAAAGGAUCCUGGGAUACCUGAAGAGUUAUUACCAAGAUGAUCCAACAUCCCCAAUAUCUUAUUACGAGUUUGUCAUCGACCCCAACUCAUUUUCCCGAACAGUAGAAAACAUUUUCCACACGUCUUUUCUCAUCAGGGAUGGGCUGGCACGGAUGUAUCUAGAUGAUGACAAAUUGCCCUGUAUAGCGCCUGUAGAGGAGGGGGAGGUGGAAGCUGGAGGAUCAUGGAGCCGGAAACAGUGCAUCAUCUCUAUCAGCCCAAAGAUAUGGAGGGAGCUCAUAGACGCCUUUGACAUCAGAGACACGUUGAUUCAGCCUCAGAACACACAGACUGAGUGAUGGACGCUGCCACUUUUUGUUCGCUGAAACUGAGCAUUGUUUUUAGGUGUGUUACGUUUUUUUUUUAAACAUAUAUAUAAAUUCUAAAUAAUAAAAUGCCAUUGCAAAGUCAUGUAUAAACUGUGUAUGUCACACGUGUUAAUUGUGACUAGUGACAUUUUGUUUUAAUUUUUUACUGUUUUUAAAAGUUUGAAUAAUAAAAGAGAAAGAAGAGAAAAAUGGUACUGUUUUAA